AUGGAGACACCAGCCACCAACGCACGCAAACGGCCGUCCACCGUCUCCCUCGCCCCCCUCCAAGCAUCCCCACAGGAACCCCUCAUUUGCUGGACACAUGACCAGGUAUUCAGAACGGCCGUCAUGCAGGCGACUGAGAAUGGCAAAGUCUGUCGCCUUGCCAUCACCAACGCAGGCCCCUCGACCUAUAUCAUCCGCAUUCUCCUCCUCAGCCCUGUCCUCUGA